GCGUCACGUGACGUGAGAUAGACCGACAGCCAUUACCAUCGUUCAUUUUAAAAGUACACGAAGCGAUGUAUGUUUUUAAGAGUGGAUAAAAGCGAUGUACUGUUUUAAAAGUGGAUGAAGCGACGUAUUGAAAGCAAAUCGGGGCAGGUAAAGUUGAUUCGGAGACAAGAUGGCCGAACAUAGUACCGAAGAAAUGGAGGUGAGCUGUAUAGUUAAUGACUAUAUUUCUUACCAACUUCAUAUGAAUGGUUAUGAAUGGAGGUCGCCGACGGCUACUCCGACUAAAGUGAACAGUUCACUAAGAUCGUUGGGUAACGAAUUUAAAACCAGAUAUCGAGACAGUUUUUUGGAAAUGACUGAUAGUCUGGACAUCCAACCUUCUACUGCUCGUGCCACAUUCUUAGGGGUCGCCAACGAAUUAUUCAGCGAGGGGGUCACUUGGGCUAGAAUCGUGGCAUUGUUUGUAUUCGCCAGCGAAAUGGCUCUCAUUUGCCAUAGAAUGAGCCACACGGAAAUCGUCAACGACGUGGCAGAAUGGUUGAGCUCGUAUAUUAAAUCCAAUUUACUAACGUGGAUCAGAGAUCACGACGGCUGGGAUGGCCUGGUGACUUUUCACGAAGGAUACGAUGACCUUCGAUCCGAAUCUCCCUGGCCCGUUCUGAAGAAAUUCGUCUGUGGUGUGGCUGCGGGUGUCAUCGGCGCCCUGACAGUGGGGGCCAUCUUGUCUUCCAAAUCGUAGAUUGAACCGGUGCUGUAACAAACUCGGAAUAUCGAAUAAAAAUUAAAAGAAAAAAAUGGUUCGAUAUGUCGUCGUCGUAUGUGUGUGAUUGGUGCGUAUGUUUCGUGUGAAAGCAACUCCUCUCCCAAUCACCAUGGCAACCGUUCGUACCUCGUCGAACCCUCCGAACUCUUAUCUAACCUCACUUUGGAAUUUUUUAUUAUAUUAUUAUUAAAAUGGAACAUUUUCUUAACGAUGAAAGUAUAACUGGAAAACAUUCGUCUGUAAUAGGAUGAUUUUAUUUGUGUAUUUUCUGGUUCAAUUUUGGGUUUUCCCGUUCUCUGUGUCCGAACGGAUUUCGAAAACAUUUUAUUUUGGUACAAAUUUCGUUGGGCAGUUUCUCCACUAAAUACUUGACAGAGAUUUAUAUAAGAUAUAUAAAUAAAUAUAUGCAUAGAUAAUGGAGCACGACUGGCAUUUUUAUUACCUGCAGAUCUGCAACAAUUUAUUUGCUGUAAUUUUGUAAUUAAACAUUUUUUUAUUUCUAAUGUAUUACUAGCUGUCAUGAUUUGGAACUUUAUUAUUAUCGACUUCCAUUUUGUAAGUCAUGCAACUCGGCUUUGUUAAUGCGACACUCCCAUUCUCAACCGAGCUAUACGAUAUCAUGAAUGAACAAUUUUCUGGUUUUUAAAAAAAAGUUCGUGGAAAGCGAACCCAACAAAAUGUAUCCGAUAACACCCCAAGUUCACCGACCCGACGUCAUCGUGUUUUGCUAUUGAUUGACUGACUCUAUUCAAACGAACCGAUGAUUAUUUGUAGAGUCGUCGACCCAAAAAAAACCUUAUGUAUAAUAUAAUGAUGAGAAAAUACUAUAGAUUUCCCCUUUCGACCCUCGAAACAUCGCACGAGAUUUAUCAACAUGCAUUUAUUUUAAAUUCGUUUUCGACUCAUACGGGUAGAUAAUGUUUAUCAAGUAAUGCUAAUUAAUGGUUACAUCUUUCCUUACUAAGUACCAUUUACCAACGAGUUCUCGAGGGACAUUUAAAAAUGCCUUAAUUGAACUUUUCGUAAUGGGAAUGGUGCGUUUAUAAUCGUCUGUAAUUAACCUUGGUAGAUAUGGAUCCCCGCGGAUUUCGAAUCAGGUUUUAUAAUUUUAUCGUGUUUUUAAGUUAUCACUUUGAUCUCGAUUAAUUAAACGAUAAUCCAUGCACUACGAAUUCGUCUGAUCUUUUUUUUAUUUGUUCAUUCCGUGAAUUUUUAUUCUUAAUAGAACCGAUUUCGAAUAAACCGAAAAGCGAGUCUUUAAAAGCCAACAUUAAUUUUGUUGAUCUGGAGGCAGGUGGAGGAUACAGCUGUUUAACGUUUAGGAUAAGGAACAAUGGUGGACACGUGGAUGGCGCGUGACGCGGUUCCAAAUGGUACUCGGGGUUUGAACCGAUUACGUCGAUUUAGGUUAAGUUCGAAAACAUCUGUUCUCCUCUGAUUUUUAUUUCGUGGAAAUUCUGUAUUUUAAGCUUUUUGAAAUAAAAAGUUUUAAAUAUU